AUGAGUCGAUGGAAUAUAUUACCGGCAUCUUCCCUCAACAAUCAGCAGAAUCCGAUCAAUAAUCCGACAUAUUUUCCCCAAAACAGUCCAUUCGCCCAGCAGGAAAUGGCUCAGCAAUCCAGUAUUGCUGGCGCUGGCCCAAACGAAGUUUAUCAACACGGAACCCUCGGGAAAUUCAUUCGAUCCGAAAUUGAAGGUACACAAUCGGGCUACUUGAAAUGCAUUUACCAAGCCAAGAACACCGCCAACAACACCGUUACAUUACUAUGUGAAAAACGAGAGAAUUGUUGUGUACACGGAUGUUGUCCGAAAGAUCAAUAUUGGAUGGCUGGUGUCUACGUUUUAUUGGUAUUCGUUUUAUUAGUUUUCAUCAUCGGUACCGUUCUCAUGAUUCUCUGCUAUUUGAGAUCAAAAGCUAAACAACGAAAAGCCGAACGCGAAGUUUAUGAGUACGGCGGUUAUGGGGGAUCACAGGUGGGAGCCCCAGCCGCUUAUGGAUCAUACAUUGGACCGGCGACCAACUAC